AUAGCUAUAGUUUAGUUAUAGUUAUAGAUAGAUUCAGUUUGCUUGUAUGUGAAUUGUGUACGUUUACUAAAAAUUACAACAUCAAAAAUAUUCUAUAUGACUAAAAUGUAUUAUAAUAUCAUUAAUAUCCCAUAAUUCAUUUUAACAUAAACAUGAAUUAUUAUGUGUUAAAAUAACAAUUGAUAAAAUCAAGUUAACAUGACAGUGAAAAGUGAGGUGGUGUCGAUCGAGCCGCCACCGGUGUGUCCAAAUGUGACGCAAGAGUUGGCACAGUAUCUGUGCCACCCGGAGAAGCUUUCCAUCUACAAUUAUGAGAAGGCUCAUCAGUUCUGGGACAGAGAUCCCAAACCGUCUUCGCUCAAGAACUUUUCCACCUGCAAGUUGGCAUCCACCUUGAAGGUUGAGAGAGACCUCAAGACUGGAAAGCUACUCGGCUUCAAAGAGACCCUCAUCAAUCCUUCUAUUUCUGAAGACAUCAUACCGAUUAAUUUUGACAUUGAUCUACUAAGCACGCCACCAGGUUUGAGUCAUGGCUAUAAUUUCGAUGAGGCCUCUUCAAAGUCGCACACUCCGUCCAAGAAUAUUGUCAACAUGAUGCAUAAUCUACAGAUGGAAGAUUCGCUCGCUCUGAUUGGAGGCAUCGACAGCGAUACUAAGCAGGAGCAGCCAGCUAACACUGUCAGCAAAGUUGACAUCAGCACUAAGGAACAGGACGAGAUUAUUCCAAUGGAAGCCAACGUUCCAGUUCUGAAGAUCACGGAAGCGCGGAGCCUGACAGCACUGAAGGAACUGCAGUGGGCCGAGGAGUUGGCCGUCAAACCUGUGCCUGACUUCUAUGAGCGGGUGCCCAAGAUGGCCUGCACCUGGGACUUCGAGCUCGACCCCUUUCAAAAAUUGGCUAUUGUUAAACUUGAAGAAGAAAGUAACGUAUUUGUGGCAGCUCAUACGUCGGCCGGAAAAACUGUGGUGGCCGAGUAUGCGAUUGCUCUGUCUCUCCAGCGAUGCACCAGGGCAAUAUACACGUCACCGAUCAAGGCGCUGUCAAAUCAGAAGUACAGAGACUUCAAGAACAAUUUCGAGAUAAAGAAGAAGAUGGGAGGCGUGGGACUGAUUACGGGCGACAUUCAAAUGAAUCCGAAAGCGCCAUGUUUGAUUAUGACCACCGAGAUUCUACGCUCGAUGCUCUACAACCGCAGUGAAGUCGUGCAGGACUUGGAGUAUGUCGUUUUCGACGAGGUGCAUUAUAUCAACGAUCCUGAUCGUGGUCAUGUCUGGGAAGAGGUGAUGAUGCUGCUACCGAACCACGUGAAGAUAAUAAUGUUGAGUGCUACGGUGCCGAACGCAAUCGAGUUCGCCAACUGGGUGGGCAAGAGCAAGAACAAGAAGGUCUACCUGAUCAGCACCAAUAAGCGACCUGUGCCACUGCACUUCUACCUCUACCCGGGCCUGCAAUCUCGGCGGCGCCAAGGCCAAGCGGGCAAGGCUCUACUGCAUCCGAGAGGCCGACGGCCAGUUCAACUACAAAGAGUGAGAAAAUUAGAUUUUGUUUGGGUGGGGAGUUCCUUGUGGGAAGGUCCCACCUCUCCUGAAAAUACAGGGUAUGAUGCCGCUAAAGCUGACGACUCGAAAAAAUCAGAUCAAAAGCAAAUGAUGAAGCAAAAUCAGUACCAGAAAAGAAUGAAUUUCCAGCAACUGGUUUCGAUGUGGAAGACGUUCAUAAUUCACCUGAAGAAUGAGGAUAAGUUGCCAGUGGUGAUAUUCGUGCUUUCAAGGGCCCGCUGUGACACGAUAUCCGAUUAUCUCAAGAGUCUCGACAUAGUCGGCGAUAAGGACAACGCUCAUUACAUUCAUCAGUUCUUCAAGAAAAGCAUAGAACAUCUCAAGGACGAAGACCGUAAUCUACCUCAGCGUCACAUGGCUUCACGAAAAAUAACUCCUAGGACUAUCGGCUUGAGGUAUGAUGCCGCUAAAGCUGACGACUCGAAAAAAUCAGAUCAAAAGCAAAUGAUGAAGCAAAAUCAGUACCAGAAAAGAAUGAACUUCCAGCAACUGGUUUCGAUGUGGAAGACGUUCAUAAUUCACCUGAAGAAUGAGGAUAAGUUGCCAGUGGUGAUAUUCGUGCUUUCAAGGGCCCGCUGUGACACGAUAUCCGAUUAUCUCAAGAGUCUCGACAUAGUCGGCGAUAAGGACAACGCUCAUUACAUUCAUCAGUUCUUCAAGAAAAGCAUAGAACAUCUCAAGGACGAAGACCGUAAUCUACCUCAGGUAGGCUCAUUUCAUAAAACUGUCGUGAGGUCUGUUUGUAUAUCAUGUGAUAAAGAGAACAGAGCAGACGACCAAAUACAUGCGGUGUCUAUACUUGCAUAUUUAGCGCUUACCAUAUGCUCAUUUUUUAUUCAUAUGGCCCAAUAUUGUUUUCAUUCCACCUACUCUAUUCUAUUGUUACAGAUACUGCUGGCGACAGAAACGUUUGCAAUGGGAGUGAACAUGCCGACGAAGACAGUGGUGUUCGAGACUAUUCGCAAGUUCGACGGCAAGGAGUCGCGCGACCUGAAUCCGGCCGAAUUCAUCCAGAUGGCGGGGCGGGCCGGCCGCAGGGGCAUCGACCAGACCGGCACUGUCAUCAUUCUCUGCAAGGAGUCCGUUCCCGCCCUCCAGAACCUCAAAAAUAUGAUGCUCUCCAAGCCGUCAAAAUUGGAAUCGCAGUUCAAAGUUACUUACGCCACGAUUUUGAAAACACUCUUGCGAACCGGUGAAGCCAGUAAUGCAGUCGAUAAAUUGAUGUCCAGUAGCUACAAACAGCAUUCUGAACAGUACAAGCAAGAUGAUGCAAAGGACGAGCAAUUGUUGGUAAACUCAAAAAUCGAAGAAUUGGAGAGAGAUUUGGUUGUAACUAGAGACGCUAACCUAUUCAGACUAGAGGGAGCAAUGAGAAAUUUCUAUGACUUUGCAAUAGAGUAUCUCAACCAGAGAAAGUUAUGUCAGGAGGAACUUGUGAAGGCCGCCAGAUGGAGAAAUCAUUGUCACGCCGGUCGCUAUGUUCUGCUAUCAACUGGCAAGUUCACGAAACGAUUGGGCAUUAUACUCGGCAUUGAACGCAGCAAGGCCACCUGCAAAGUCCUCAUAUUUGUCAAUCCAGACGAAUCGACGAAACAAUGCGGAUGCCAACCGAAACACUGUGACUGUGAACUGUGGUUUCAAAUCGUCAACAUUCUCAAGUACAAGGAAAGAUUCGUGCCUGACGACAAUGCAGUCUAUACUAUAGUCAAAAUCGAAAUGAAAGAAAUUCUGGAGAUUCUUGACCUAACGGAUAUGUACGAUGAACGCGAGUUCGAUAUCAUCAUGGAUACCGUCAACUUCUAUCAUUUCAAAAAACCACCGCAGUUACCGAGAAGUUUGAUUUCUGCUUUGCAAAAUCUGCACACAAAAUCGCUUUCGUUUCAAGUGAACAAUAUUAUUAAAUUUGCAAACAAGAUACCUGCAGCUGGCUUCAAAUUGGCCAAUCAGAAGCUCGACAAUCUGAAAAUGGAAUUUGGAAAAUUCAACGUGAACGAAUUUCUCAAGUAUGAGCGUCAGUUCCGCGUGAUAUUUCAACUGAAAACACUGCAGAACAAAAAAAUGCGAUUGGACAAAAUAGUGAAUGAGUACAGUAUGACCGGAUUAUUUGAAGCAAAGAAGCAAAUACUAAAGGAACUCAAGUAUUUGGAUAACUCUGAUAAUGUUGAACUGAAGGGGAAAGGCGCCAUCCGACUGCCAAGUAAUGAAAUAAUGGUCACCGAGCUAAUUUUCCGCAACGUCUUGUCCGAAUUCCAACCUCCCGAAAUAGCAGCUCUCCUCUCCAGUCUGGUCUUUCAAGCCAAGACAAACAUCGAAAUCGAAGACAUUAAAAAACAAAUUCCAGAUUCUCUGAAAAAGGGCAUGGAGAAACUGGAAAAAUUACAGUUGGAGCUUGCCAAGAAGGAAGAAUGUUAUCGGGAGGAGAUAGAAGAGGAUCAUAGAGAGUUUGUCGAGUUGAAUUUCGGCCUGAUUCACGUCGUUUACCAAUGGGCGUGCGACAAGCUGUUCUGCGAAACGAUUGAGAUGACUGACGUGCAGGAAGGAAUAGUAGUGCGCUGUAUUCAGCAGCUGAACGAAGUGCUCAACUCUGUCAAAGACGUGGCCCAGAAAGUCGGUGACAAUUCGCUCAAAAGCAAAAUGGAGGAAGCUUCCAACUCCAUCAAGCGAGACAUUGUAUUCGCUGCCAGCUUGUAUCUACAAUAAUAUCUCCACAUCAACACAACCUUACCUAACACCACUCAUUCUAUGCUGGGAAGUAUUCAUUUUUCGUUUCAAAUUCGUACUGUAUCAUAUAUUUUUAAAUGAUUUAUUCUUGAAGUAUAGUUUGUUGACAUUAUUAAAUUUUUAAUUCAUGUU